AUGAUCCGAAGAAUGACAGUUUUGUUCGUUAUCUUCCUCCUGCACAAGCACGUAGUUGUGGUGUUUGGGUCUGAUCCUGAUCCAGUGCAAGACUUCUGCAUCCCCAACAACAUAACAGCCUUAUCAUCAUCAUCAUCGUUCCCCAUCAUCCACCACCCUUGCAAGAACUCAUCGCUUGCGACAGUAGAAGAUUUUGUGUUUUCGGGGAUCAAAAGGAGCCCAAAAGUGGGGAAAUCUGAGUUCGCAUCCAUCCCUGUGAGCUCCACUGUUUUCCCAGGACUGAACACGCUGGGCAUGUCAUUCGUGCGCGCUGAUUUCGGGGUUGGAGCCGUGAAUGUGCCGCAUUUUCAUCCAAGAGCAACCGAGGUGGCGUUCGUGUUGCGGGGCAAGAUUUAUUCGGGCUUUGUGGAUUCCGGCAACCGGGUGUUCGCCAAGGUGAUUGAAGAAGGUGAGGUGAUGGUGUUCCCAAGAGGGUUAGUCCAUUUCCAGAUGAAUGUUGGAGAUGAACCUGCUACUAUUCUGGGAAGCUUCAACAGCCAAAAUCCAGGUCUGCUUAAAAUCCCCAACGCUGUGUUUGGAGCUGCGGAUGAGAUCGAACAAGGGCUUUUGGAGAAGGCUUUUGGAUUGAGUUCCAAGGAGAUCAGAAAUAUGAGGAGGAAGAUCAUUGCCUCCACUGGGGCUUCAUGAGAGAGUGGACUGAGGAGAGGAAUGAAUAUUCAUUACAUAUAUAGGGCAUGUACUAAGAUGAGGGGUCUCAACUUUGAUGAAUGACAAAGGUGGAGACCACUUUAGACUCUGUAGUGCCUUACCAUACCACCAAGCCAUCUUAACCUUGAGAGAGAGAGAGAGAGAGAGAUGUCAGAUCAAGCUUUCGAAAAUGACAAUAAUUCUUGAAAUAUUGAUUUA